AUGUCCGAGUGGUCUCCUCGCGCUGAUGAGACCGGUUCAAGCGUUGACAGCGAUAACGAUUAUGAAACCUUCGUGGAUUCUCUGCGACAGCAGUCCAUCGGCGAGAACGAGAGGGUCACUGUUCCUUACGAUGGUUCCUCGAGAAAGCUUGUGUACUGCGAUUUCACCGCAUCAGGCCGUAGUGUGUCUGCCAUCGAGGAGUUCAUUACCGCCACUGUGUGCCCCACAUACGCCAACACUCACUCGCUGGCCUCCGCAACUGCACGUCAAACGAUGCACUACCGCGAAGAGGCCCGAGACAAAGUUCGCGAAUAUUUCAACUGCACUACGGAUGACUCUGUUAUUUUCUGCGGCGCUGGGGCUACAGGGGCCAUCACUAAGUUUGUCGAUAUCAUGUGCCGUAGUCGGGUCUUCGCUACUCCGACAUCACGAAAGGGACGCCGUCGUGCGGUUCUGAUAAUCGAUCCUGUUGCCCACCAUAGUUCAGUCCUGCCAUUCCGGGAAUUGGCUUUGAGAUAUCCGCUUGCCCACAUUACUCGUUCGAGAGCUGUACCGGGAUCUUUCGUCAAGCGGUUCAGCGGGGACAAGUCUGCAGAAGUUGAAGUCGAGCUAGUUACUCUCCCUCUGGAUUCAAUUAAAGGAACUGCCUCGAUAAACGGUUUGGAAGAAGUCUUGAAGAAAGUUGCGGCCUUUAAUCGUCAUCAUCAUGAUUUCGCUGUCCCCGUGGUCAUCUUGUCCGCAUGUAGCAACGUCACGGGUGCACGACUCGAUAUCCCAACUGUGUCAACUUUGAUUCAUCAAUACGACGGAAUAGCAGCAUGGGACUUGGCGGCUAUCGCUGCCCACAACAAGGUUGAUAUGAAUUCUCCUUCUCACCCUAACGGUUACAUGGACUUCGCUUUUGUAUCCCCUCAUAAGCUUCUCGGUGGCCCCGGCAGUAGCGGUCUUCUGCUGUGCAAGAAGAAGCAUCAGACCAAUGCCGUGCCCGCAGUAUGUGGUGGAGGAGUUGUUCUUUACGUUAGUCGGCGCGGCCAUCACUAUCUUGGCAAUUUGGAGGAACGAGAGGAAGCCGGCACUCCGGACAUCCUCGGGUGUAUUAGAACCGGUGCCAUUUACCACUUGCACAGAAUGGUUGGAAUAGAAAGAAUCGCUUCUUCCGAGCAGAGAAUGGCCGACCAUCUCGCCCAUAGGAUCAGAGCCCACAGCAAGGUUCAUAUUGUCGGUCCCAAGUUCUUCAAGGAUCGAUCUCACUGUGCUGGCAUCAUUUCCUUCAACGUUCUAUAUAACGAGACGGAUACUGCGGCGAAGCAUGGAUUGUAUCUGCAUUACAAUUUCGUUGGAGCUGUGUUGAACGAUGUGUUCGGAAUUCAAGCACGAGGAGGGUGCGCCUGCGCAGGUCCUUAUGGCGAGGCUCUCCUCGGCCUCAACUGCGGCAGUGCUGAAAGGUUCGAGGAAGCUCUUGAUGAUACGCGCUAUGAGAUCUUCAAGCCUGGCUUUGUCCGAGUGGGGGUACACUUCACGAUGACUCAAGAAGAAGUUGAUUUCGUUGCUGAUGCGAUACUGUGGAUAGCCGAUAAUGGCUGGAAGCUACUCCCUUCUUACACCUACAAGAUCAUGUCGGGCGAGUGGUAUCAUAUUAAGAGAGACUCGCAUCAGAUGGUGAAGAAACUAUCUGACGCGCUGAGCCCAGCCGCUUUCUUGAUCAAGCCUGAUGACAGCUCUCUCGGCAACGGGUCGACCAGACAUAGCACGGGUUCUUCGCGUCGUCUGAGCACGUCGACUACUGGAAGGCACAGUGAAGACUACGGCGAUGAGGGUUUGCACGCUGCCAUUCGUAAAGCCGAUGAGCUGUGUGCUGUUGUGGUGGACGAAGCUCGCAGAAUCAAGCUAGAGCUGCCACUGCUCGAUCCGGAAGUCGCCGACCUUCUGUGGUUCGCGCAUCCUAUUGAUACCAAGUGGUCAAUAGUCCAAUCGUUAACCACUGGUCAUACACUUGUUCCGCAAGUUUGUGUUGACCCGCAGUGCUCCGAGAUUUUCGAAGUUGCUAGUAUUCGCGGGAAGAAGCGUCUCAGGCCUGAGGAGAGUAUAUUCAAUAUUCGAUGUUGGAGUGACGGAGUGGAGCCACCAGAGGGUGCAAGAGAGGCUGCUCGUAAUCGUCAAUCAAUGGCGAAGAUGAUGUUGAAGAUGAUGUGGCUCAAAGUUACUUGCCGCGAGAAGCCUCUAGCUCCUCUCGAGAGACGCCCGAUUAUGUUUGCAAGAUAG